CCUUCGAGGGCCCGGAACGCGCGCGAGAGUGGUCACGAUGACACGGGAUGCGCAGACAAAAGCGCUUGGCCUCCAAUCAAUGUCGCCACACGGAGGGUCACUAAGCAUUGACGAACGUGCUGUUUUCGCUGCACUCGGGUCUCGCAAAUGCUUAGCGGGCGCACGAGAUGAUGAUCGCGGGAACGUUGAGCGCUGCUCAGUCAUGGUGUCGCGGAGUGCCUCUAACAAAGCUUUCCAGCACUGCAUGGCUGCUUCGGAUGUUUCCUCCCGACGGGAACGUCUUCAGCCAAUUGGACUCGUUACAUCGUGAUUGGGUCCCAUACGCCCAGAUGCGCGGCUUGAGCGGGGUGCGCCAGCGCUUCAGGGUCAGUGCAUCCAGGGUUCACAAGGUCAGCACGGAUGCAAGCUCACUCUUGCUCGCCUAUGCCCACGCCUCGCUCACAGAUUUGCGGGACUAUCAAGGUACCACAACGUCCCGCACACUGACGGAGGCACUGUGCGCAGCCUGCCAGACGGCGUCAAGUAGGAUGGUCGGGAGUGCGACGCAGACUCAAAGUCCGCUGCCCUCAGAUUCUGCCCUCGCUGUCAAGUUCACUAGUUCUUCGCGCCAAGGCUACACAGCGUGGUUAGGUGAUUCGGCCAGUAGAAGAGCGGCGAGGCUCGCAUACGAGGUCAGGAUAAUGAGGUCCGGUAUAAAAGCAACGCCAUUUCGCGUCGAGAAUGGCCUCUCAAAGCAAGACACACAUGAUUUCCUCAGCUCACUUAUCCUCAUAGGCGGCUCAGCAAGGGUCAAGCUCAUUGCAAGCAUACAAAGUGCAUACAUUUCCAAGCAACCACAUUCGCACACCCUCGCACUCUAUAGCGUUUGAAGGAGCAACAUGUCGCUCAACAAGUAUAGCCGCGGACACUGGUCCCUCUCGAGCUCUGCGCUUCCUGCUCUACUGCUGGCUGCCGUCCUGUGCGCUUGGCUCUCCGCCUCGUCAACUUCAGCCCUCGAGAUGCGCAGUGCGCAUGUAGGACUGCACGACGGUCAGCAAUCUAUUUCUCUGGUAAGUCGUGCUGAUCUUGUUCACGGUAUCAAGGCGAGUCGGCCACU